AUGAGCAGCUGGUUCAGGAUCACGUACUUGUGCGAUUUCUCUGAAGCCGCCCUGAAGCACUGCGCAGCCAAGAUACCAGGCACUGUCAAAACGACCCGUAAUCCGGAGCUUCUUUGCACCUCGGAAGACGUCGAUGUCAUUUUGGUGGCAAGUUCAGACGAGUACCACGCAGAGCAUGCCCUGGCUGCUCUGAAACAUCACAAGCAUGUGCUCGUUGAGAAAUCGCUGGCUUUGACAAAGAAGGAUAUCGGUACGAUUGCUGAGGCCGAACGCCAUAGUCGAGGCUCUGUCAUGGUGGGCUAUAUGAGACGGUACGCUGCACCCGUUGAAGACGCCAUAAGGGAGGUUGGCGGGAUGGACAAAGUUUUCUAUGCCCCUGUCCGAGACAUCAUCGGGGCCAACUUGACUUUCCAAGACAUGAACAAGCUGUCAAUGGUGCACCUGCAGAGUGCGGAGAUGUUCCAGUCACAAAAGAAUCGUCUCUGGCGUGGCGAGUGCUUUGGCUCUUCUCUUGGCUAUCCCUUUUGGAAUGACCUCUUCAAGUAUCCUGGCUUCACUGUCUCUUAUGAGUCUGGCAUCGACAAUAACCCUCGCUUUGACGCACAUCUCGAGGGGCUGCCGGUCACCAUGCACAUUGCGGAGAACUACAAUGGAACGUAUAAGGAAGCUACAAUUCGCAAGACGUACGAGGAUCCCUACACCCAUGAGCUCAAGGAGUGGUGGAAUUCUACUUACAAUGGACUUUGCGUGUUGAGACUGCCGCGCUUCUCCGCCAACGCCGCAAGUCCAGCAGACACGGGAACCCCCGGCGCAUUGACCGCAGGCUCGCUUCUGAAGAGCGUCACGCUCAGAGAUGCCACGGGCGGCGUUGGCAGCGGCGUCAGCCUCGAUGGCAGGGGCGGCCAUGGCGCCAACGGCUAG